AUGGCAUCCGUCCGCGGUGGUCGCACCGUCUAUCGCGACCAAGAUGACGAUGAUGGCACCCCUCGCCGCUCCUACACCACCAUCAAGCGAUACCAGGUCCCGGAAAAUGUCACCCGCGCCGUCUAUCAAGACGACGACGAAGUGGUGGACAAGAAAAUCGUAAUCAGACGCACUCGCGCCGCCUCACCACAGUCGUCGCGGGCAAGUCAUGACCAUCAUCACCACCGCAAGGCACAGUCUUCACACGACGACACAGACUGGCGUAUCACCGAGCGAGUCGUCGAACGAGAGGUAUCGCGCGAACCUCCUCGCCGCGACAUCCAAUACCGAGUGGUGGAGCAGGAUACCGACGACCGAUCGGAAUAUCGCACCGUACGCAAAACCAAAGUCGUGCGCGCGCCAUCACCACCAUCUUCACCUUCACCAGAACGAGAGCGGGUCCGCGAAUAUCGAUUUGAGCGAGAACGCGACUACUCCCCACCCCGCGAGCGAGACUACGAUGUGGAGAGGUAUAGCAAGAGCACAGAAUACUUUGCCCAACCACAGCCCAUCAUCAUUCGCGAGCCUGCACCGGCCGCACCUAUCAUCAUCCGAGAAGAGCGUCGCGAGCCACAAAAGAUCAUCAUUCGACGGGAAGAGCCACAAUACGAAUUCGUUGAGCGCAAGGAGGUGGUCGAGACCAAAGAAGAGAGCCAGGCACUUGUGAAGAAAGAAGAGACACCUCCACCAGCUCCAGAGCCUGCGAAACCGGAAGAAGAUUACUUCUACGAACGUCGAGUCGUUGAGCGCCGUCGACGAAGCGACAGCUACGAUCGCGAGAUCAAGCCGCGCGACUCUGCUUCGCAAUACAGUGAUGAAAGCUUCGAAUACGUGCGACGCGAGCGCUACGUUGACGGUAGCAGGAGUAGGAGUCGCAGUCGCAGUCAGAGUCGGAAGCGCUCACUCGCAACUGGCGCGCUUGCUGGUGCCGGUGCGGCAGCAAUCCUCGGACAGCACCGCAAGAAGCAAGGUCAUGAGGAGUCCCACCGUGGUCGCAACGUGCUUGGUGGUGCUGCAUUGGGCGCGGCGGCGACAGAGGUCAUCAGCAGAGCGCGUAGCAUGCGUAGUCUUCGUGGCGGGUCGAGGUCCCGCUCACGUAGUGGUGAUCGAGGCCGAGAUCGAGAUGAUCACCGGCGGCGCCGCAAACAUCACUCGCGAUCGAGAUCCAGGUCCCGCAGCUUCAAUCGAACGCAGAAACUGGGUGGACUGGCCGCAGUGGCCGCCGUGGCCGCUCUUGGCGCAUACGCGUUGAAGAACCGCAACAACAAGGAGACGGUCAUUGUGAAGGAGCAACCUCCUCGCCGUAGUAGGUCUCGGCGGAGGAGAAGCAGCUACGACAGUGCGCCUUCAUCCGUUCGACCAGGAAGUGAGCACCGCAGUCCAGAUCACCGCAACCGGCGUAUAGCACAAGCCGGUCUAGCGUCAGCAGCCGCAGCGGGUAUCUGGGAUCGUGUUCGUUCACGCAGUCGACCUGGCGGAGCGCGCAGCAAGUCACGAGUGCGUACUGGAGCGCCGAUCGUCGGUGCCGGCUUGGGAGGCGCCGCACUUGCAGGACUCUACGAGAAGAACAAGGCGAACAAGGAAGCCAAGAAGGAGGCCAUCAUCGAAGAUGAAGUGGGACGCGGCAGAAGACAUGCUAGCAGAAGUCGAUCGCGCAGAAGUCGAUCUCACAGAAGCCGCUCUCGCAGGUCAGCGUCUCGAGGUGCGCCCUCGGAAGAUGAUCGCAGGAGAGAUGAACCUGGCUUGAUAGCAUACGGUCAUGAUCCCAUCUACCCUGAUCAUCGCCGUGGAGGAGAUUACUACAGUGAUGAAGAGCCUGGCCGGUACCGUCGUCGAGGCGGCAGCAGAUCAAGCAGUCCGGAUAACAGAAAUCACAGCCGCUCUCGCAACGCCGCUAUUGGCGGUGCUGCUCUUGGCGGCGCUGCUCUGGCGGCACAUGAGAUGGGCAAGCGUCGCGAACGUAGUAAAGUUGCGAAGGAGAACAGACGUGAACGUGAGUGUAGGCAGUCCGCUGACGAUGAGGAUUUGCUGACUCAAAUCCCAGGCCGAGACGAUCACCAGGAGGACUACUACGACGACCGCCGCCACGAUGAUCGACGCCACGACGAUCGUGACAACAACAUGGGCUACAACGACUAUCCUCAGUCGAACGCUCCGUAUGGCGGACAACCAUCUACUUACCCUACCAGCCACUACUUCCCUCCUCCACCGACUGGCGAAGACGCUGCCCGCAACGACCCCUACGGCGCCCAACCCCAAACAUACCCAGCAUAUAAUCCCGCGGACUAUGCCGGCCAACCCGCACAGCAACACCCACCAUACGAUCAAGGCCAGUACGGCGGCGGCGAGAUUCCCUAUGGCGAGAGCGCGGAUCCGAAUAUUAACCAACCCUAUCCGGGUGAUGCCUACGCCGGCGACCAGCGGUACGGCGCCGAGCAUGAACCUUCAAGACGCGAAGGCCGCAGAGGCAGAUCGCCUGAGAAUGUGAGUGCGCCAGAUUCUACCAACCACCCUUAUCCGCCUCCUCCGACAGACGUCGCGGAUGGUCUAACCCGCCGCAACUCCUCUACCUCCACCCUCCGCCGCCCACGCUCCUCAUCCCGCGUCCGCUUCGAUCUAGAUCAAAAUAUCGACUACUCCCCCGACGCCAAACGAGGCCAUCCACCGACGACGAGUUCUUCCGAGUCGAGGGAUGCCAAUAACGAUGAGGACAGACCGGAAAGAGAACGACCCUCCGAACGCAACAAGCUCCGCAAACGACGGCGCGGUCGCGGCGGUAGAGGCAGUAGGGAUGAGGACGCGGCAUCCGACUCGGAAGCCAGCACGAUCGAUUUACCACCUCGAUUCGACGAGUCGGGAAAUCCUCGCAGCAAAGAGGGGGCGGAUCCGUUGGCGGUGAAGAUUAAUGAGUUGUUGAGUGGGCAUAUGUCGGGUGGAGGUGGGGUGGGUGGGAUUUGGAAGAGUUUGGCGGCGGGGUUGAUGGGUGGUGGGGGUGGGCAGGGGAGUGGAGAUGAGGGAGGGGAGGGGAGUAGUGGUGGUGGGAGAAGGAGGCGGAGGAGGGAAAGCAGGGGAAGGGAGUGA